ACAACACCGGCAGAGGAAAAUCGAAACAAGGAAGAAAAAAGCUAAUUUGUUUAUUUUGUUGACAAAGACUGUUUACAGUGAAACAAGUACACUUGAAGCUAUGGAGACAGGUUUCUAUGUGAUACUGUUAUUUCUGAUAUUUCUGAAGUUGAUGAUCUGGUUGUGUGUAUUUUACUCGCGUGCUCGUAGGCGACAGAUAAUUGCUCAGAGAGGACUGAUUAUUGUUCAGGGAGAUGUUACGGCAGACCCGGGCAGGGAUAGAGAUGUAAUUAUAAACAGGGAGCACCUACCAGGUUUUUCUUCAGGAGGAUUAGACAACCCAAUGGUUGUUACAAAUCCUCCGUCUUACGAAGAAGUUCAGCGUACAAAGAAUAUGGAAGAAAAACCGCCAUCGUAUGAUCAAGCUGUUGGUGGGAAUGUAUUUCAACAAGUAAACAAUAACGUUAGCGAACAGCCUCCUCAGUAUAGUAUGGAUGCGCCGCCAGUGCAGCAGACGACAACAGAAUCAAACUCAAAUGCAUAGAUAUAUUGGUAUUUUUGUAGUGUAAGUGAGUUAUCUGUAAAAUGUACAAGGUAUUUUUUUAUGAAGGUUAUUUUGAUGAUAUUGUAGGUUUGAUAUUACUGUAUAACAGGGUUUUUAUGCCCCCGAAGGGAGGCAUAUAGUUUUUGAACUGUCUGUCAGUCUGUCAGUCUGUCCGCAAUUUUCGUGUCCCGUCCAUAUCUUUGUCAUCGAUGGAUGGAUUUUCAAAUAACUUGGCAUGAAUGUGUACCACAGUAAGACGACGUGUCGCGCGCAAGACCCAGGUCCGUAGCUCAAAGGUCAAGGUCACACUUAGACAUUAAAGGAUAGUGCAUUGAUGGGCGUGUCCGGUCCAUAUCUUUGUCAUCGAUGGAUGGAUUUUCAAAUAACUUGGCAUGAAUGUGUACCACAGUAAGACGACGUGUCGCGCGCAAGACCCAGGUCCGUAGCUCAAAGGUCAAGGUCACACUUAGACAUUAAAGGAUAGUGCAUUGAUGGGCGUGUCCGGUCCAUAUCUUUGUCAUGGAUGGAUGGAUUUUCAAAUAACUUGGCAUGAAUGUGUACCACAGUAAGACGACGUGUGGCGCGCAAGACCCAGGUCCGUAGCUCAAAGGUCAAGGUCACACUUAGACAUUAAAGGAUAGUGCAUUGAUGGGCGUGUCCGGUCCAUAUCUUUGUCAACCAUGGAUGGAUUUUCAAAUAACUUGGCAUGAAUGUGUACCACAGUAAGACGACGUGUCGCGCGCAAGACCCAGGUCCGUAGCUCAAAGGUCAAGGUCACACUUAGACGUUAAAGGUAAUUUUUCAUGAUAGUGCAUUGAUGGGCGUGUCCGGUCCAUAUCUUUGUCAUUCAUGCAUGGAUUUUAAAAUAACUACGCAUGAAUGUGUGGCACAGUAAGACGACGUGUCGCGCGCAAGAC